CCGCCUUCCUUUCUGAUGACACCGUGCUUCGUCAAACGGGUGGAAUCGCAUCGCAGAGCUUGUCGUAUGGGACACACAGAACGCCAUGCUUUAUUCUCUUCCGAAGCAUGGAGCACAUGCCUUCUUUCCUUCGCAUAUAAAUUCUGAGCUGCUCCCCAGUAGCAAGUAACUAAAGCUCUUCUCAAUCCCUCCCGCUGCGAUGCGUCUUUCUAUCGCCGCUGCGGCUCUCAGCUUCGCGUCGGGUGUGCUGGCUACCGGCCAGGUCCCUGUCGUCAACGGCGUCAUCGGCGGCGUGGGCAACAAGACCCUGAAAGCGGACUCGAAAGUGGUGUCGUUCGCCACCAAACCGGGAACCCUGCGGACAGUCGAGAACUCGGGCAUCUGUGAGACGACCAAGGGCGUGUACCAAGCCUCCGGAUACGGAGAUCUCACCGCUCAGGAGAGCAUCUUCUUUUGGUACUUUGACGCGCGGAACAAUGCUUCGAAUGCCCCACUCGCCAUCUGGAUCAACGGAGGCCCGGGUAGCUCCUCUAUGAUCGGUCUGCUGCAAGAAAACGGACCGUGCAGAAUAGCUAACAACAGCCGGACCGUUAGCAACAACCCUUAUUCAUGGAACACGAACGUCAACAUGUUGUACAUCGAUCAACCCGUCGGAACUGGCUUCUCGCACGGCACGGAGACAGUCGGAACGAGCGCUGAGGCUGCGGCGGACUUGUGGACCUUCAUGCAGAUCUUCCUGAAGGACUCUCGUUUCUCCCACCUAGUGGCGAAUGGCUUCGCUAUCUGGACUGAAUCAUACGGCGGCCAUUACGGACCUGCGUUCGCCUCCUACAUCCUAUCCCAGAAUGCAGCCAUUGCCAAGGGCACUAUCUCUGGAAUCACCAUCAAGCUGACCACUCUCGGCAUUGGGAAUGGGCUGACUGACGGUCUCUCGCAAUACCCCGGGUACAUCUCCUAUGCGACGUCCAACCCAUAUGGACAGAUGGUGUCCACCUCUACGAUCAGACAAGCCACCACUGCUUUGACAUCGUGCAAGUCGCAGAUCACGAGAUGCAACGCUGGAGGUUCUGAUACGGUCUGCUCGAAUGCUCAGAGCUACUGCAACAACAACAUCCUCAGUGCCUUGAUUGGAAACCACGAUGUUUACUACGUUCCCUCUGGGACCAACGACCCCUAUCCCCCCGACAUCACGUCUUACCUCAACUCCGUACAGACUGCUGUCGGCGCCGAGUCCACCUGGCAGAUGACGAACGACAAUGUGUACUUCAACUUCGCCAACACCGGCGACUGGAUGCGAUCCCAGCUUCCCAACCUCGAGUCUGUCGCCGACUCGGGUGUUCGGGUCGUGCUCUACAACGGAGAUGCCGAUUUCAUCGUCAACUACCAGGGUGUGGAGGACAUGCUGGCAGCGAUGAAGACCAGCUUCAGCACCGCAUUCAACAACGCGUCCUUCAAGACUUACACCGUCAACGGGAAGAACGCAGGUCUCUUCAAGACGACCCCCACGUUCUCUUAUGUCCGUGUCAGCGGUGCCGGACACGAGGUCCCUGCUUAUCAGAACAUAAACUCGAAGCUGGCUGUUGGCGAGGCUGCCUUCCAGAUGUUCACUCAGACCAUGCAGAACCAGGCUCUCUUCUCCACAUAGAGGCCAUGUAUCCAGUACACACGAUCCAAUCUUGGGCUAUAGGGAAUUUGUAUUAGUGAUGAAUGUGGAAUGCUCAACCCUCUGAUUCACAAAAUAGGCGACAGUGCCAGAGAGAUUUCGCAUCUAUUCGCUCGAAACUGCUCAAGUUCAUCUGUCAUGAGAGACGAUGACGGAUUCAAGCUGCGAAUGUUAUCCAGUCUGUUAUAUUUCAG